GUUCUUAAGCAGUUGGAUCUGUGUGGCAGCAGUCAGCCAUCUCUCAGCUCCUUCUCUUUGAUUUAGCCACUAUCUCAUCUUCCCACUAGGGAUGGAGCUCCCAGCCCCAGCGACUCCCAGCUCCAGCCGCUCCUCAGUGCUCCGUUUCUUCCGGAGCCUAGUGGGAGGUAAAAGCAGUCACCAGGACCCUGACCAAGCCGUAGUCUUGGGCAGGGACCGGGAACAGGAUGUCAUCCCACUAAUGGGCACAGACAAUGCCUCAGGGCCUGGCAAAGAAGAGCUGGUCUGUCAGGCCAAGAUGUCUCAUGCCCUUCACCUGCCAGGACCCAAGGGAUCUCAUCACCAGAUGGACAUAGCAGGGCUGGGGAUGGGGGACUCUGGCGUCCAUGCCCCAGCUGAGCUCCAAGAGGAUGGGGUCCAGGGCCCUGAGGGGAAGCUGGCACUGGCAGUUGCAGGACAGGACCUACCCACUGACCAAUUGGAGAAAGAGGAAGAGGAAGAAGCUGGAGAAGCCUCAGGAGAUAUGAGGACUGUGGGCAGGGGGCAUUUUGCCCAGGCCAUGUGUGGAGAAGAUGAAAGCCUCCCCAUGGCCAUGGGGUCCUUGGAGAUCAGCCCAGAAGCCUUCACAGCAGCAGAGGAGAAGGAGUGCCUACUCCAGAAAGACCUUAGGCUGGGCUCAGAAAAAGCUGAGGGAACCCCAUGGAAUCGACUCCUCAGCAUGUACAAGCACCUUCGGAAGCCAGCGACAGCUAAGGAAAGCCUGACCCAUCAGGAAAACGAGGAAGAUGUAGAAGUGGAGGAGGAAGAAGAAGGAGAGAAAGAAGAGGACAGUUCUUUCAGCCUCAGCGUCCACGGUUUUGCUACUGUUCAGUCUCCAUUACACAGGACUUUCAAAUCUACUGACACAGUGGGCUUUGUGGAGAAUGAGCUGAAGAAACUGCUGGCAGUUCAGAGAGAUUCUCGGCUCUGGAAGACAGGCGGUCAGGAGGGUCGAGAGCUUUUGAUCCAGCCUGAGGUCACCUUGGAAGAGGCAGGCAUUGUGGAUGGGCAGUUGAAGAAACCGAGACACAGAGCCAUUCAGUGACUUGCUCAGGUUUAUACAGUAAGCUUCUGAGCACCUGCUCCUGGAAGAGAUGGAUGAAAUGGGAAAUUGGCCCCCAGACUGAGACCUGGUCAUGGUUCCACUGAGUCUGCUCUCUCCCUCUGCAGACACCUCAGAUGGGAGAGGAAUGGAAAGGUGGAGAGGGUGUCCCUCUCCCCAUCUAGCACUUCCAUGAAGAUGGUGUCGUGGGUUGGGCUGUUUCCCUAUGUCCACGUGAUGGGCUUGGGUGGCAUGGUCCGUUUGUCUUCCCGUCUGGGGCACAUGACUGAUAUAUGCUAGUCCUCAUGCCCAGAAGGUGCCCCUUACCAAGCAGACUCAGUCACUAUUAUUAAAAAUCCAGAUUGACUUUCCAUA